AUGCUGUAUGCUCUUGAAGAAAUAAACGACAGUCAGGACAUUCUUCCAGGAAUUAAGCUCGGGGCGAAAAUAUACGACACUUGCCGAAGUCAGACGAUUGGUUCCCAAGGCGCAAAAGAAAUAAUCAAGUACACUCUUCGUAAAGAAAAUAGCAUUGCACCGCUAGCAGGUGUCGUCGGACCAUUCCGAAGUGACGUGUCUGUAGCUGUUGCAAAUUUGCUUCGUGUCUUUAACAUCCCUCAGGUCAGCUACGGCUCAACUACCCCAGUUCUAAGCAAUAAAGAUCUCUACGGUUACUUUUUACGCACUGUCCCGUCAAAUUCGUAUCAGGGCAAAGCAAUGGUGGAUGUUGUUCGUCACUUUGGAUGGAGUUACGUCAUGACCGUGUAUUCCCCGGGGGAGUAUGGAGAGAGAGGCAUGGUCAAAUUCUAUGAAGAGGCAGAACGUGCGGGGAUUUGUAUUGCAAACAAGAAAAAACUUCCUUCUUUCCCGACGGAGGAAGAUUUUGACAAAACCAUUCAAGAACUCCUUGAAAUUAGGAAGAAGAAUUUCCGCGGAAAACUAGAUGCUGUUGUUCUGUUUUGUAUUCAGCGAGAUAAUAAUGGCUUAGUCCGUGCAGCACAAAAAGUGUUGAAAAAUGGAGACAGAUUUUAUUGGCUUGCAAGCAAUGCGUGGGGAGAUCGAAAACAAGUAACAGACGGAGCAGAAGAAGCAGGUGAGGGAGCCAUCACUAUGAAUUAUAUUGAAGGCGAAGUUGACUCCUUCAAGAAAAAGUUUUUGAACAUGAAACCGUCCCUGAACAAGUACGGUCCAUGGUUUGAAGAAUUCUACCAAAAAACAUUGAAGUGUAAGCUCAAAAAUGCCUCAAAACCACUUAAUUACAAACAGGAAUGUUCAGCAAAUGAAUCUCUUCCUAAUGGCAUGGAGAUCGGGCCUGUCCGUGUUGUGAUAAAUGCUAUGUAUGCUAUGGCGCAUGCACUCAACAACAUGCAUUUGACGCUGUGCUCUGGACAGCAUGGUCUAUGCAACGACAUGAAGAAUCUGAAACGGGAACAAUUCUUGACCUUUUUAAAGAAUGUGUCUUUUCCAGAUGCGUCACUUGGUUUUAACGUGACUUUCAACCAAAACGGAGAUGUAGAUGGAAAUUAUAACGUGCUGAAUUUCAAAAAAGUGGAAGGACGACAUAGGCACUUUAUCGUUGGAAACUGGAGCGGCGCAUUGAAUGGGGAUGGAAAAAUCCAAGGAAAAAUCAGAUUAGAUGACGACAAGAUUGUGUGGGGUGGAGGAAAAAAAAUCACUCCAUUAUCUUAUUGUAGCAAAACUUGUCCGGCCAAGCAGAUAACAAUUCCAGAAAUUACCAACGCUCGGUGCUGUUGGCGAUGCGAGGGCUGCAGUUCGAAUGAUAUCAUUAUAAAUAACACAUGCUCACUUUGUGGAGAAGGAAAGAUACCAGACACUAACAGGACAAAAUGCUUCAAACUGCCAGUUGUCUCCCCGACUUGGAGUGACAAUCCUGCGCAAGUUUUAACCGGAUUCAUAUCUGCUGGAAUUAUUGCCAGCAUUGCCACUGCUGUGAUUUUCAUCUUGGAAAGGAAACACCGCAUUGUAAAAGCCUCUGGAAGAGAGCUUAGCGCAAUUCUAUUCAUGGGAGUCUUUUCGUGUUAUAUUGCCGCGUUAUUGCAUUUUGUGAAACCGCAGACCACAAUCUGUGGCGCCAAACGCUUUACUGACAGUGUUUCAAUGACAGCAUGCUACGCGCCUGUCUUAUUACGAACAAACCGCAUUUAUCGCAUAUUCAAGGCUGCCCAGAAGUCAGUUCGGCGACCGACGAUGGUAAGCCCACUGUCACAAACAUUUGUAGCCCUUGGUAUUAUCGCUUCUCAGUGUCUAAUAACAAUGAUAUGGGUUUUAUCAAAACCUCCCCUGGCUGUGGAAUAUUACGGCUAUAAAGACCGCGUAAUUCUAGAGUGCAGCACGGACGACUUCAGUUUGGCAAUAAACUUGUGUUUCAACGUCAUUUUAAUGUUUAUCUCGACCGUGUAUGCGUUUCGAACCCGGAAUUUUCCAAGAAAUUUUAACGAAGCUAAGUAUAUCGGCGUGACGAUGUACAUAUCAUGUUCUGUGUGGAUAGUGUUCCUUCCUUGUUACCUAAACGCGGCUGACAGCAUUUGGAAAUCUUACUUUUUGUGUAGUUCACUGUUUCUCAUUGGAACAAUAACUCUGUUAGGACUUCUCGUGCCAAAAGUUUUUCUUGUUUAUUUUGGCAACACAGUUGAACCGUGUGGGAAUACUACACUUACAGGAACAAUGGAUGAUAAGAGCAGAAGCGAACAUCGUAGGGAUACUAUGACCAUGGUGUCCUAAAAUUAUUUUUUAACAGAGUUAUGAAUACCUUAAUUAUAGUCGUUUAUAAGUCAAGUCACCAAGCUUCCAAGUUAACCAACACAACUUAGAAAACGAAAAAAGAACUCGGCUAUAAGCCUGCAAGGCAAUGAGACCUUUUGUCUCAAUCAAUGGCGACCGAGCGAGGAUCAGCAAAGUUAUAAAUUAGUUAUUCAAAAUGUGCAAUGUAAUGUGUUGGCGAAGAAAUUUGUGAGCAAAACUUUAAUUCAUGCUUGAUGGCAGAGUAAUAAGCCCGAUUUGAAGGCCAUGAUUAUUUUAGGUGAUUUCUUAGUAUUGUGCAUAAAAAUCACGUGAUCUUUCGGAUGAGUGCGUGCGCAUUCCGAGAGCACGAUAUUGUUUUUCAAUCAAUGGACCAGAUGAAGAGAUGCGAUUGCUCUUUUUAUUGUAUAAUUUUGGUGUACAAAUUAUCCCCUUCGAAUCUGAGAAAUCAGAAAAAAAUCAUCGAAAGGAAAAAAAAGAUACAACUGAAAACAUGCGCGAAGCCGGUAUCUUGAAAGCAACGAAUCGCGGAACGUUUUGUGUCGAUGUCGUUUAAAUUUGCGUGAUUUUUACAAAUUAUUCCAUAUGCUCGAGGUUUUUCUAUCUAUCAAGUUUCUUUCAACUGUGUCUUUUAAGACCCUUGCUUUCAGUUGGCGCAAAUUGUACCGUGAACCAAUGAAAUGACACGCAUGAUUAGUGCCAGUACAGGCAUAAAUGGGGUAAGUUUGGUCCAUUAUAUCUCCUAAACAAGCACGGUGACCUGUCUUUUUUACUGUCAUUUUUCGAAACAGACAUUGAUAGGGAACAUUUGAGGGAAGUUAAAAAAUUUUUUCGAUAACUGUUCUGAGGAAUCACCUUAAAAGUAAUUUAUCGUCAAUUUACAUGAAGUACUCAAACUGUCGUUUGAGGUAAAACUGAAAAUAUAUAUUCUUGUCUUCUUCCUAGGUUUAAAAUGUGUAAAACAGUGAAAUUAAACAUGAGAAAGAGAAUUUAACAAUCUCUUGACCGGAGUCAAUUUUCUGAUCAGCAGUCGAGCUUCUUUUUCAAGAGGGACGUAAUACACGGAAACUCUUGUGCCCAGUCUGUCUUCGGAUAAAUUUUCGCCGAUUUAUCGCUUGAAACUUAAAUCAAAUGUAAUGAAUUAUAAACAAAUAUUUAUUUCGUAAGCUCUAACAAACGACAGGGCAUGAGAAAGAAGGCAAAAGAUGCUCACAGGUACAUAGAGCAAUAAAAGUAAAAGGUCAGACUCGAUGACUCUACACAGACGAUCUCAGAAGUAAUUUUCUAUCAACAGUCGAUCGUGGCCAUUCAACGAUUAAACUCUCGAUUGUUAUGAGAGUCACCAUUGAGUCUUGGUAAGAUGUUGGGAUUAAAGUGCAAUCAAUUUUGGAAUUUACUACUCGUGGCCAUACCAAGAUUGGACUUUCGAUUGUUAUGAGAGUCGCUACUGAGUCUUGGCAAGAUCUUGGGAUCAAAGUUCAAUCAAUUUUGGAAUUUACUACUCGUGGCUACUCCACGAUUGGACUCUCGAUUGUUAUGAGAGUCGCUAGUGAGUCUUUAUAGAAUCUUGGGAUUAAAGCUUAAUCAAUUUCGAAAUUUACUGCUCUCUUGUCCUUUAAUGUUGACGCUUCUGCUUUCUGCCUUUUUGGAUUAACUUUAUUUGGCAGGUGAAAACUAGCAAUAUUUUACGGUUGAACCAAAAUAUUAGGAAGGAGCCAUGAACAUUUAAUUUUAUUUGAGGUAUCAGAAUUACUCUUCCAUCUUUUUCAAUGCUCUAAUCUUUUCACUCCCAAGAUCUUGCUAAUAGUUCUCCUUAUUGUCUGCCAUGCAAUUCUUAUGAUACGUAUUCGGAGAAUUUGGUAUUGGAUCAACAAAUAAUUCCCUAUUUGAUAUUAUAUCUUGAUAUUGUAAUUCUCAUCGCUUGUCUGCUUGAUAUGGUAUUAGCCUCCUUUCUUGGUCACCCAUGGGAAUAAAAGGGUUAACCCCUAUUUGGAGUGACUAGCAUCUAAUUUCUCACCACUGAAUGACACAUCAAUGUCAUGAGAAUAAAGGAAAUAAUCACCAACAAAUUCUCCUCGUCAGCACCUUAAUAAAUUUACAGAGAACAGUAUGGAGAAUAUGAAAACUGAUGUUAGGCGUAAAGGGUUGACGCAUGCGUGCAAGGAGCAGAAACUAAUUCAACCUCAAAAGUUCUUCCCAAACCUGUAGGGAAGCUCUUUGCUACAUAAACGAAUAUACAAUGAAGAAAAUCAAUACGCAAUUUCAAUUUCUCUUUUACAAAACAUUUUCUGCCAAAACAAGCUGUCAAAGAGAAAUGUAUUCAAAAGAAUUAAUCGCAAUAUCAAAAGUUCUUGCUGUGCUUGAAAAAGCCAAUUUAAAAUAAAGAUUUUAAAAAAUUUUCUCGCCGAGUAUUAGGGACCUUACUUUUAGGUUGUUAAACCAAUUGGAAGUACUGGUUAAAAGACGGAAUUAUCAUCAAGCAAGAAUUUUCGUAUAUGUAUUUUUAACUUAUUCAAGUGUUGGAAAAUUAAUUUAAAUAGUAUAUGAGCACAAACCAUUCAGUACAAAUGUAUUAUAAGCUAGACGAUCAUUUCCUAUUUAUUUUGCGGUCUUACUUUGUAAUUAGAGUAAUUUAUUCUAAAUUUUUAAUUUAACACUUUCAACAUCCCUUUUUUGAAGGCGACCAAAGUUGUAAACUACUUGUACUUUUCAUCCUCCGCACUUAGUUUGUUAUCAGUUAACUCAUUAGAACAGCAGGUAGCUCUUUUGGGGGCGGUACCUUGAAUACAUCCUUUCUUCUUCGAAUUCUCUGUUUAUUCUGUUGUUAUGUAACAGUCUACAAAGGUUAUUUUGCUCUUUAGACAUCUUUUUGAGAGUAAUUCUAAUUUCGUCAAUGGUCUGUAAUUUUUAUUUUUCCAAUCUCGUUUCUGUUUCGCCCCAUCUUAACCCCAAGAGUAUGAAAUUUUGGAUAGAAAGUCGUUUUAAAAGGGCCAACAUCCCGAGGGUACAUACUUGGUAUGCGGGAUCUGUUUCACGUAACUUAACGUGAUUCGCUAGUUAAGUGAGAAAUAAAGACGAUGGUCAAAGAUUGACGGCCUGAUAACCGUCGUCUUUAUAAGCUGGUGACUAACACUGUCCUAGGGAACCGAGCUAGACCCCGAAUAGAGGUAAAGGAAGAGUCAACUGUUAAAGAGUGUCAGAAAUUGACCCAACGUACUUCGCCCAAGAAAGAGUGUUUUUAUUGUUUGCAUUUUGGUGGCAACUACGAGGCGUUUUACUGCACACUGCAUUAGUCCGUAAAUGAAAACUUGAAAAUUGAUUUUCACAUGCUUACAUGUUGUGGAGUGCUUUCUACCUUUGCGGUUUCCAAAGACGUCUUGCUGUGCACACCUGAAAUGAGAUAAAUUAAAAGCUUUUACGACGAGCACAACAGAAAUAUUGUUGAGGAAAAAUCAUCUGACAUGUCGUGAUGGUGCGACAAAGCAGAUUUAUAAGUGCGUUCGCAAUUUCUCUCCUCUGAAUCUUUUGAAAAUAUCGUUCAAGGGAACGAAACGAAACAAGCCGGCUUUCAAAUUGAAAAGGUAAGGGCAUACUGGAUUUUGGGCUGUAUUGUUUUGAUUCGAGAUGUGAAGCUGAAAGAGUUUUAAAUAUUAAUUUUAACAAGAGGCGGAAUAUUUCAAAAGUCAACGGUUUAAAAGAGAUGGCAAUUUUUUAAUGAUGCAUUUACUUAAGUUCAAUUGCUCCGCAGAGUAUAUUCAUUACCUUUGGGUGAGUUAGUUUGGUUUUGAUACCGGACACAUUUUUGAAAAUGGCGAGAACUACACCGCUAGAAAGCUUUUCCGCCAAAUCCGAGAAACAGGGGAACUAAUUUCAAUAGCAACAGACGAUGCAAUAUCCUCAAUUUUACCUCAUUAUUAAUACCAUACUCUUGAAUUUUUCUCGAUUUUGCGGCUGAAACACAAUGACUGUUAGCCUAAAUCAUUCUAACCAACUUUUCUAUUCUUGUUUUGUUUCUAAAGAACAAAAGUAUAAAACACCAUAAGGCAUAGUGCUUAAAAUUCUCUUCUUACGCAUAAGCCGUAGCUUAUUACAUAUGCCACGCAAAGCUUGUAAAAUCAGAAAUGUAUCGUUUAUACGGUGAGUUCGAAUUCGCGUCUUAUAUAGGCCGCGGAUUGUUGUGUUGGUUUUUUUUUGUUUAAUUUAAAAGUCCAGCCAUUUUUUAUUUCAUUGCGUCUAUCGCAACAUACAUUCUGUACGUAGUCUCUGAUAACAUUCUCUUGUCUUUUCAUAGUCUAGUCCAGUUUUAUAUUUUCACUUUCCAAAGGUUGAGCAAAUUAUGUAACAACAUGGAAGCUUUCUCAGCUUGGAGGGCAUUUUUCGCGCUGAUUUCAUGAGUGCUUCAUCAGUAACCUCUUAGAAGAUUCUCUCACUCCACGUAAUCACACUCAGUUUUCCAGCAGAGCGUGGAGAUGGAGAUAAUUCACCUACUCUCAUUCACGGAUUAAUUACACUGCAAGAAAAGACCUUCCUAACCCUGAGCUGUUCCAGAUUAGCUUAGUCCGUUAGUCAAUAAUUUAAGCAAUAGGCUACACUUUCUAUCGGUUUACUGGCGUAAUAAUCCGCGCAGGGUGUUAGGAGAACACGAAAAAAGUAUGUUAAUCCCGAGCCGGAGGCGAGUAAUUUACAAACUUUCCGAUGAAAUAACUAUGGGUUGACCUGUGCAAUAAAUGAUAGGUUUUUUGACCAAUCAGGCUCGUACUAUGUCAAUUAUUUCAUAAUAUUUCCACAACUCAUGUGAUACGAUUCAGCAAAUUCCUCAUUUUUGGCAAUUUCACUCGGCUCGCUAACAUCCAUUAGGCAUUCUGAAGAAACACUCAGCUAGAUUGUUCUACAUUAUUUGAUACUGAUACGAAAAAUCGACAUGAGUUUUCAGUAAUUCUGAUGAUCUUUAGCUAAGAGUAAUUUCGUAAAGAGUGAUUUUGUUUCAUUCCCCAUACGAAGAGCCGCGUUAUCACGGUGUAGAAAAACAUUUAGACUUUUAAGACGAUAUGUUUUCAAUCUAGCUAAUAAAACACUGUGGUUACAUGUUCUCUAAUCUUAACUUACCGCUUUAUUAUCUUCAACCAUUUCGCUCGGCGUCGCCGUAUGUAAUUCGCUAGUAGUUCUUUGUUUAGAAAUUAUUUUCUCCUGACAUUCAUUGAAAAUGGUGGCAUGUACUGACAAUUUCAGCUCUAAGGGGAGCAAUUAAUUAUAAAAUACUAUUUUUCCGAUCGGGAUAAUUAAAGUUGAAAUCAAAAUUCUACGGAUCAAAUAGCCAGCUGCACUGAUCAAACGUCGCGAAAUAUCAAUUAAAACGAGCCGAUGUCAAAUUUCAAAUUUAAAUAAAGGCGGUGUGUGUGAAAUCAGUCGAGUUCAGUGUCUUUUUCUGGAAGAAAGUAUACAAAUUUAUGAACUAAAGUUGUUGGGAAACUGAAACGCUUUUGCAAACUGAAGGCCAAAAUCUAACAAACAACCUCGAGUAACAAAAGGAAUUUUCAGAUUUUUACACCAGAACUGAGGUAGGUUGAUAGGUCUAAUAAGUAUCUAUUUCUUGGUGUGAAAAAUAUCGCUCGAUAUCUCGUUCUAGAAAAAAUCUCUUAUAAGCUUAUUUUGGUUUAAUGAAUAAUUUCUCGGGGGUGUCUUAGAAUGUGAAGAUAACUUUUAACAAAGUGCACUACAUGAAUAAUUAGCAAAGUCCGCCAGAGAAUGACAUGGUGUCGUCUGUGAUAUCCUGCCUUCAUUCAAAAAUAGCUGAAACGUCGUUUAUUAUUCAAAGACCUAGCUCAAAUUUCAGCACUAUCUCUCGUAUUUCGAGUUUUUGAUGGUUCUCGUAAGUUUCAGUCAUAUCUAAAGGACCUGUUUUAAUUUCACUCGACGGCAACGAGGUAGAUAUGAGCUGCGUAUGCUGUGUUUUCACUGCUUGUCUACUGAAACAUCAGUGAUAUCACCUUGAUAUCGGGCGGGUCGAGAAAGUGCAACCAGUUAUCUUUUUACAAGUCCAAAGACUCGCUGAUUAGCACUGUUACGAGAAAAAAAAUUUAAAUGCUGUUUAGUAAUGGAAUAUGGUUUAACCGGAGAUUAAAACUUUCAAUAUAUUUUUUUCAAACUGAACGAGCAACAAUUAACCCUAAGCCUAACAAAAUAGCUGUUAGAGCUCAUUCUAAGGUCUAUAAUAAAUUUCAAAUCUGAUUACAUGUACAAAACUUCCAAAUGCGCUAACCUUAGUGCAAUUUCAUGGACCUCUGCCUCACUUUAUUCAUGCACCAAACGAAAAUCAGAGCUUUUAAUUGAUGAAAACGAAUGAAUAACUUUGUUUGUAGAUGUCAGAAGUCAUUUAGCGCUUAUAAACACCGAAAAAAAGCCUUAAAACGGUCGUAUUUUAUUUCCUCGAAAACAAAAUUUAUUGGGUCAGAUAAAAGUAUCACCAGAAAAAUUAUUGUGACACUUAGAAUAUUUUUUUUCCUCUAAAACAUUUUUUACCUCGUAACCAAAAGUGCGGUUCCUGGUCUUCCAAGACUAAUCUGAUGAUUUUUGAAAGUGAAUAGACUUCAAAGAUUAUUGACAAGAAAGUAUAAUUAGGCGAGAGUCAUGAAAAAUAAUUAUGAAAUACAUACGCACAAUAUUCAGCUGUUUAAACUGAGUAACAGUAGAGUUUCUCAGGCUGAUUAAACAAUGAUUGAUAGGAAAUUGGAGACAUGUUUUGAUGGUAUAUUGCAAAUCUUUAUGUACAAACAUAAUUGUGAAGUUGUUGCUUUAUCGAAAUAUCCUUACAUCCUGAGAAAGACUCUUGAAACUGAAAAAGGCACGUACAAGGAAACGUUGAUUAACACAACACGUUUGUGCGUGUUUAUUUUCUUUUUGCUUAUCUUUGUUUUAGUUACUUUGGAAGGAAGAUUUUUUCCCCUUUUAACAUCAGGUUGAUAUCAGACGCAUUCUAAAAUUGGAGAGGUAUAAGAUUUUUCGAACAUUUCUAUGAUGUACCUGACUUUGCAUUGACUUCUCGUUAGGGGUAAAGCAAAUAUACACCACUGUUCUUAAAACUCAGCAAAUUUUAAGGAGAUUCAGAACAGCCACGAUCAUCAGAUAAAAAUCUCAGUUUGUAUCGAAGGAAGAUCACUAAUUCGCAUGUAAGCAAAAUUAUAAAAAAAUUCACGAAAGUUAUUGGCUAUCACUAGCCCGAUUGGAGCUGUUGCCUCGUGUUUUGCUGAGUUGACAGUUUUUUUUUAUGAAGACGUAUGACCGAUAUCUAGUUUCUUUCGCAAAUUAAGUUUUAAUUCAUUGAUAACAGGACUUAUUGUCGUCCAAUUCUGUCUAUAAUCAUACUCGUAAUUAACAAAUCGGAAUCUCGCGAUAGUCCGAUUUUGUUAAUCACUCGUAUGAUUACAGACCGAAUUGGACUCCAAUUGGUCCAAGUACCAUUAUUCAAUUUUAUCCUCUACUAACCAAAAAGUGAGUCUUUUUGGAGGUAGGUGAAGUAGUAAGCCUUUUUCAGCGUGCAUUGUUGGAGAUAUCCAAGUUAUAAUCCUUUUGAAAGCCUUUUUUUUAUUUUCAGGUUUUGAACCAUGCAACUGGUUACCAGGCUCUUCCUCUAUUUCUCAGGACUUGCGAUACAGUGCUACUGGUCAGUAAUUUCAGUCGAACAAGGUAAAUCAAUGGUCCGUCUUAGUGUAAGUUGUUUAAUUGUAGACUAACUUCAAGACAAUACAGGGACGCAUAUUGGCUCUAAUAAUCAAUUUGUAAGAAAUGGUUUAAUACUGAGGAGAUCAAGCUCAGAGUCUAUAAAUAAAGGCAUUUAUGGAUCCUUAACUCAGUUGCUAGAAGCUCUUUGUGUUCCCGUCCACCGUUUUCCUUAAAAUAACCAGAAUACGUAUUCCAAUUGUCCAGAUAAAACUCGUAUUCAGUGCUUAAUAUAAAUGCUUGGUUGUAACUGACGAGUAUCUGUCGGCAAAAAUAUGUUAGUAAUACCUUGGAGAAGAUCAAGUAAGAGACUGAACCAAUUUUCCGGAGGUAGCCCCAUCGAGUUUAUCACCCUUGUUUUCGGAAAUCUUAGUGGGGCCUAGAAAUGACCGAUCUUAUGUGGCAAAGGUUUUUCACGUUGACAUUCCGUGCGACUUCUAUUAGUUUUUCAUCAGAGCAGUUACGGAGAAAGGAGUUCUUUUAGGGACUAGUUCUAGGGAUUAGCCGUUUAAAAAUUGUAUCAUGGAUUCAUUUUGAAAUUUGGGAGAACUUUUAGAGAAAGUGAUGGGUGAUGUAAUCGCGUAUAAACUAACAUUUUUUUUAUCAACCAAUCAGAACUUAUGCGUUACGAAUGACUUAGAAUUCGUGCAAAAUUGUGGCAAUAUAUUCAGAAAAAUGAUGUGUGAAUUCGGCUGAUGUGUUUUUGCUUUGUCAUGAGCGUAGGACAAGGAAAAAUUCUGAGUCGCUAUUGAAAAUCGAACCUCAAACCUUAGGAUUUCGCGCCCCGAUGCUCUCCCGAUGAGCCACAAUGAACCAACUGACAGCCAAGUAGACCAUAGCGCAGUUUUAAUCAAUUCUAAUUAUUUUUCAGCUUCAGAGACCAAGACUAUUGAGCUGAAAGGUGACAUAAUACUUGGAGGACUUUUCCCAAUUCAUCGCAGAAGUAAACAAACGGAAAAUGCGUGUGGUGACAUCGACCCUCAACCAGGAUUUCAAUACUUAACUGCCAUGCUGUUUGCCAUUGAGGAAAUCAAUAACGAUCCAAACCUUCUCCCGAGCAUUAGCCUUGGGGCGAAGAUCUACGACACUUGCCGAAGUCAGACGAUUGGUGCCGAUCGCGCUAAAGACAUCAUAAAAUAUACCCUCGUUGACCAUGGUCCACCCUUGGCAGGUGUCAUCGGUCCUUUUGUCAGUGAUGUUUCCAUUGCAGUUGCAAAUUUACUGCGUGUCUUUAACAUCCCCCAGGUCAGUUAUGGAUCAACCAGCGCGGAUUUAAGCAACAAAGAGAUUUACAGUUACUUUUUUCGCACCGUACCGCCUGACUCCUUUCAAGCUUACGCCUUGGUGGAUGUUCUAAAGAGACAAAACUGGGAUUACAUAUUCACCGUCAACUCUUAUGGAAAUUACGGGCAGAAAGGGAUGGCUGAAUUAGAAAAAGCUGCCGAAGCAGCAGGGAUUUGUGUCGCGCAUUCCACGCAACUCCCAAGUCUACCCGACCAUGAUGACUUUAAAAAGGUGAUUAACAACUUCCUCAGGAAAAGGAAGGAAAAUUCCAAUACAGUCAAUAGUGUUGUGUUAUUUACCACUCAGGCCGACUCGGCUGACUUGCUUCGCGCUGCUAAAGAGGCUGGGGCGAAACAGUUUACCUGGGUAGGGAGCAAUGGUUGGAGCAAUCGUGUUGACGUAACAGAAGGAAGGGAAGAGGAGGCUGAUGGCUCUUUAACUGUUAAUCACCUCGAGGGAAAAGUCCAUCGAUUCGACAGACACUUCAAGAAUUUAGCACCGGGUGACAACAAGUUUAAUCCCUGGUUUGAAGAGUUUUGGGAAGCAGUUAUGAAGUGCAACAUUCCAGGUAAGAGAGAAAACAAUCCACAGAUGUCCAGAAGUUGUGGAAACGUAGAAAGGCUUCCUGCUGACAUGGAAAUGGCGCCCGUUCGAGUGGUUAUCAAUGCGGUUUACGCCAUGGCGCAUGCUUUGCAUAAUCUGCAACAGGUCUACUGUCCAGGGGUGGUAGGGCUGUGUCAAAACAUGACCAGAAACUUUCGAAGAGAGAAAUUUCUUGAUUUCUUAAGAAAUGUGAGUUUCUCAGACUCGGCAUUAAACUUUACCGUUCGUUUCAAUCAGAAUCAAGAAAUAGACGGAGUUUAUGACAUUAAAAACUUUCAUAGAGGGACUGAUGGUAAGUGGAAGUACACUAAUGUUGGUAAUUGGCAAGGAAGGCUUAUAGCGAGGAAACAAGUCCAAGGAAUACUGAAAUUAAACGAAUCGCUUAUAGACUGGGGAAGAGACAAAUCUCAUCCUCCGAGUUCCUUUUGUAGCAAGCCUUGCAAUGAUUCCCAAAUUCGCAAACCGAGAAGUCGAGCUCCCAAGUGCUGCUGGGACUGCAUUGAUUGUAAACCCAAUGAAAUUAUCAAAAAUGAAACCUGUCAAUCAUGUCCACUUGGUUACUCAUCCAUCAACAGCUUGUCCGUUUGCACAAAAAUACCGGUUUUGUAUCCAGAGUGGUCAAGUGCGCCCGCGAUAUCCGUUGUCAUCUUCGUUGUCAUAGGAGUGCUUUGUGAAAUUGGGACAGCGGUUCAGUACAUCAAGCACAGAAGUCACCCUUAUAUCAAAGCUGCUGGGAGGGAAUUAAGUGCCAUCGUGUUCAUGGGAAUCAUACUCUGUUACAUAACACCGCUCACUUUCCUGGGCAAACCGACGGACACGAUAUGCAGCGCGCGACGUUUUCUGGGAAGUAUAUGUUUCACAACGUGCUAUGCUCCCGUGCUUAUGAAAACAAUUCGUAUUUACCGCAUCUUUAAAAGCGCCAAAAGCUCAGUAACCCGGCCUUCACUCACCCGCCCAGGUUCCCAGGUCCUCAUCUCCAUGGGGCUGAUAGCAGUACAGCUGUUGCUAACCACUCUGUGGCACUUCUCAGAAGUCCCCGAGGCCGAAGAGGUGUAUCCCUCUGAGAGGACCGUCAUCUUGCAGUGUGCAGUGAAUGAAUAUACCUUGGUAGUCAAUAUUUGCUACAACUCUCUUCUGAUGUUCCUCUGCACUAUAUUUGCGUUUAAAACGAGAAAUUUCCCCAGAAAUUUCAACGAAGCCAAGUACAUUGGCAUCAGCAUGUAUUUAACGUGUUCUGUGUGGAUAGUCUUCUUUCCAAGUUACCUUAAUACGUCCAGUUCUUACGUAAGAGUUUAUUUAACAUCCGGGACCCUCAUUGCCAUCGGAUCCAUAACACUGAGUGGACUUUUGGUUCCCAAAGUUGUUAUACUCUUCUUUACAAAUGGAAAAAACCCUAGUGUUGCUGAAUAUAGCACAACACUUACAACAAGUAACACAACCAACCGCAAGCUAAGCAGUAACCUGUGUGCGAGCGCUCAGUUGCCGAAGAGUAUUUCUUUUGAGAUGGGUACAGCGUUGAACAACGACGUUUCAUCUCGGUUCCUCACAGUUAAAUAA